AUGUCUUAUGAAGUCGUUAUUGAGGUUUCGUUCGAACGCGACGGUUUGUUUACCUCAAAGGCAGCUUCAUGUAAUACCCGCCGGCGCCGGCAGGCAUCGACCCCCGAGACUUCACACAGCAAGAACCAACUUCCCUCAAUGGCAUCGGAAACUCCCAAGAAGGUUGAAGACGUCGAAAUGGGAGACGUCAAUGACGCUCUGAAGCCCGACGUCGCUGCCUCGGUCGUAGCAGACAUUAAGCAAAACCUCGCAUUGGUGGAAAAGGCCGUUUCGAGCCUUGAGCCAAGACUGACCUUGCGUGCUCUACGAAACUUAUCUUCCCUGCGAAAGCGUCUGAACGCCGAUAUCCUCGCGCAGGCGGUACAGGAAGUGUACCCCUCCGGUCAGGGCUCCCAAAUCUUGCAAGCCAUCGGAAAAGGUUCUGAGGAUGUUAGCAUGGACGUUGACUCGUCGGCGUCAAAGGAGAUUGUGGCAGAAGCAGAUGUCUAUGUGCAGCUCUUGACGCAGAUUCAUCUUUUGGAUACGCAGCAGAUUGCCGCUGGUGUCGCCUUUUCGACUGUACUGGUGGAGCAGCUCCGCAGCCUCAACCGCCGCUCUCUUGACCAGAUUGCUGCUCGUGUAUAUUUCUACUACGCCCGCUUCUUCGAGUUGGAGGGGAAACUCACCGAAACCCGAACCGCCCUCCUUGCCGCACAAAGAACGGCAACAUUGAGACACGACACUGAUAUCCAAGCGACCGUGUUGACGUUGUUGUUGAGAAGUUACCUGGCGGAAAGUGCGUACGAGCAAGCGGACAAAUUGGUGGCGAAGACGACGUUCCCGGAGCAUGCGAGCAAUAACUUGGUGGCGAGGUAUUUGUACUACCUUGGCCGUAUCCGUGCGAUUCAGUUGGAUUAUACGGGUGCGCAUGGACAUCUCGUCGGUGCCGUGCGUAAAGCCCCACAGAUCCCGAAUGCUGCUGGUUUUUUGCAGGCUGCACAGAAAUUGAGUAUUGUUGUUCAGUUGUUGAUGGGAGAUAUUCCGCAUCGCGCACUUUUCCGUGAACCGAUGUUGGAGAAGGCGUUGAUUCCGUAUCUGGAUAUUGUCCGUGCGGUGCGUGUUGGUGAUUUGAAUUUGUUUGAGGAGACGACGAAGAAGUACGCGGAGGGAUUUAAGAAGGAUGGAAACUACUCAUUGAUUGGUCGGUUGAGGAAUAAUGUCAUUAAGACGGGUAUUCGGUCGAUGUCGUUGUCGUACAGUCGUAUCUCCUUGAGGGAUAUUUGUCUGAGACUUCAUCUUGAUUCGGAGGAAUCUGCGGAGUAUAUCGUUGCGAAGGCUAUCAGGGAUGGUGUUAUCGAGGCCACGAUCAACCACGAGAAGGGAUACAUGCAGUCUCUCUCCUCGACGGACGUGUAUGCUACCCUCGAGCCCAUGCAAGCCUUCCACGACCGAAUCAAGUUCAGUAUGCAGUUGAGGAAUGGGAGCGUCAAGGCGAUGCGAUACCCGAUGAAUGCGGAUAAGAAAGAUAAAGAGGAGGCGGAGAAGGUUAGGGAAAGGGAGAAGGAACUUGCGAGUGAGAUUGAGAAUGGAGGCUUGGAUGAGGAUGAUGAUGAUGCCGGUGCAGAUAUGUUUGAGUAA